AAAAUUCCAAUCCAAGUGGAGACAUGGAAUUUUAAUCCCUUUAGAUAGACUUUUAAUACAAAUGUUGCCUAUAUAUUGCACAGAACAUGUAUACAGUUGGCAAAAAAAAAUCCAAAAUGGCUUGUACAGAGGAUUGGGGAAGAAGCCAAAUGCUCCGAAGGCUUGCCAAGCAGCUUCAGUUUUACAAACCACCCUCAGUGCUGGACGAAUUGGAGGACGAUAACGACGACGGUAUAGGCUUAAGCUCUGGCAUCAGCUGCAACUCUUUAGCAGUCAGAAAUGUAAAGUGUUCUUGUGCCAACAAUUUGAGGGAGAGAAGAGCAGCUGUCCUGAUAUGCCUCUUUGAGGGUCCUGAGGGUGAGCUGAGAGUUAUUCUUACUAGGAGAUCCAUGAAGUUGGCAUCACACCCAGGAGAUGUGGCGUUGCCGGGUGGCAAAAUGGAGGAGGAAGAUGCAGAUGAAUCUGCAACAGCACUGAGGGAAGCCAUGGAAGAGAUUGGCCUAAAUUCAGGCCUAGUUCAAGUUGUUGCAAAACUAGAGUGCUUUAUGUCCCAGCAUUUAGUCACGGUUGUCCCGGUGAUAGGACUUGUAGCUGAAAUAGAAGAUUUCAAGCCUGUACUUAAUCCCGACGAAGUUGAUGCUAUUUUUGAUGUUCCAUUGGAGAUGUUUCUUAAGGAAGACAAUCACAGAUUUGAGGAGAGAGAAUGGAUGGGUUGGAAGUACAUCCUCCAUCUUUUCGAUUUCGAAUCAGAGCAAGGACAGUUUCUAAUUUGGGGAUUAACUGCAAGCAUUUUAAUUCGAGCGGCCUCUGUUAUCUACCAGCAACCUCCAUUCUUCCAAGGACAUCUCCCUGACUUCCAAAAACUGCAAAAAGCCUUGCACAAUGUGCAUAAUGUUAAUUCAAAUGUUCCAUGAGAAUGCUACUAAUUUGAAGAAAUAAAAAAACAAUAUAGAUUCAACUUCCAUCC